AUGGCCAGCAAAGGCUUUGCUCCCACUGGCCCCGAACCCACUGAGCGACCGCCCUGGUUCAUCUCGCCCAGCGACAUUACCGAUCGCUCGGCCAACCCCAUCGGCCGCGGUGGCUUUGGCGAGGUCUUUACUGGCUCCUACUUUGGUACCAAGGUCGCCAUCAAGCAGCUCCUUGGCACCUGCAACAAACGCCAGCUCGCUGAAUACAACCAUGAAAUCAGCAUCUGGAAGCAGCUCAGCUAUCCACAUGUCCUCCCUCUGCUCGGUGCCUGCGACCAGGACGAGGAUGGUAACCCGAUUCCUCCCUUCAUGGUGUCGCCUUUCAUGCCCAACGGCACUCUCCUUAACCAUGUGUCCGACCCCAAUACCCAUGUCCCUCUUGAGGAGAAGCUCCGUUUGCUCCGCCAGGUGGCCUCGGGAAUGGCCUAUCUUCAUGGCCGCCGCAUCAUCCACGGCGAUCUCAAGGCAGCGAAUGUCCUCCUGGACGGCUUGAACAAUGCCGUCGUCACCGACUUUGGCAUGUCCCGCACCAAACACACCUCUGCCUCGUUGAACCCGAGCAAAUCCAAUGGCCCGAACGGCGGCACCGAUGGUUACAUGGCGCCCGAGAUGCUUGAUGAAGACGACCCCAGCGGUACCACCAUGAAGACCGACGUCUUUGCCUUCGCCAUCAUGAUGCAUGAAGUCCUCAACGAUGCAAACCCCGUCUGGGUCACUGCAAACGGCCAGGCAAUGAAGCCAUUCCAGAUCCUGUCGCAGCUCAUCCAGCACAAGCGUCCCAAGCGAUUCAAUGGCAUUCCCGACGAUGUCUGGGCCCUUAUCGAGCGCUGCUGGGCCCAAGAUCCCGCAGAUCGCCCUGCCUUCCCUGACAUCCUUGCCGCUCUCCAGCCAUACAACCGAGCCGCUGCCCCUGCCGUUUCCGCUCCCGCCACUGCCAAGGCCCCAGCUAUCAGUCAGGUUUCAAGCAAUUUCACCACUCUCAGUGUGGAUAAUUACUCCCCAUCCCAACCUAGCAGCCAUGCCGAGCUCACGUUCGAAGGUAUCAACAAUGCCAUCCACCGCCUGCCUGAUCAACUUGUCUCGCGCGCAAAGCAAGGUGAUCCCGCUGCCUGUCUCGAAGCGGCCAAGUUGGUCUCGGAGGGCCUCCCAGCUCACCACAGCGACUGGAAGCUCGCCGCCCAGCUCUUCGGGGCCGCCGCCGACCGCGGUAACCUCGAGGCAUCCUUCCAGAUGGCUUGGUUUGCGCUGAUCGGCCAGGAAAUUCCUCAGAGCGAUCACUAUGCCUUCUGGUUCUGGGAGGAAGUCAGUAGCAGGUCCACCGAUCCCGUUCUCAAGCCCAUUGCCACGCACAUGGUCGGGUGGAUGUACUACUUCGGCCGGGGCACACAACAAGAUCAGCAGAAGGGCAUCAAGAUCAUCCGAGAUAAUGAAUCGGAUGGGUUCAAGUUUGGAGAGGCCGAGUGUCUGGCAAGGUGGAAUACGGCCUCAUCUGACUCGCCCGCGUCCUGCAAGUUCUUCUCGCUGUGCCAGCUGGGAUCGGACCGCGAUUGGCUGUGUAAGCAUCUUAUGGGUGUCUGUUUAUCUCUUGGAUUCGGUACCGCAAAAGACGAGAAGAAGGCAGCGGGCAUCUUUGAGCAACUCGCCACCGACGGCCACAGUGAUAGUCAGUACUGGGUUGGCGAGUACCUUUACCGUAGCGGAAAGGUAUCGAGUGACUACAAGAAGGCAUUCGAGUGGUACUACAAGUCAGCCGACCAAGGCAACUCUUACGGCCAGUGGAAGGUUGGUCGCUACUACUGGAACGCAAUUGGGGCUCCUCGGAACAACGCCAAGGCAAUCGAGUGGCUCCGCAAGUCGGCUGAGCAGGGCAAUCGAUAUGGACAGUAUGAUCUCGGCGACUGCUACGAAAGUGGUGAAGGCGUUCCCAAGGACAUUGGUACCGCCAUUUACUGGUAUCGCAAGUCCGCGGACCAAGGUCAUGAAUAUGCCAUUCGUAACCUCAAGGAACUCGGCAAAUGAACCUGAAUUCCGAGGCACUCCCAUGUCCCAUAUCCAAGCACCCAUGUCGCAAUCAUGACCCUGCAAACAGAACGGUCAAGCAAACUGUACCGCGAGCACUCACUCCACACACCACGGUGCCACACAAUUGACUCGCAAGGCGGUUCCGUUGAAGCGGUGGUGAAUGAGUUGUGUCGUAUUGACAUCCAAUACAUUCAAUACAUCCAAUACAUUCAAUUCACCCAAUACAUUCAACACAUACAUCC